AUGCUUCUGCAAGCCAGCCAAGCAACUCAAUCUGUAUGGAAGACUCUGAACAAAUGGCUUCCCCCUCUCUCACGAGACAAAGACUGGUGGUGGAAGACUCUCGGUCCACAAAUCAACACCCUCCUAACAGAAGCGGACUAUGACUUGAACGAGCGGUACGAAGCUCUGCUUUUGUUAUACCGAUGGGUUGUUCCGGAAAUGGGACCCAGGCCACGGUCAAGCGUGGCACCCUCCAAAAGUUUCAUGACUGAUGACCACUCUCCCAUUGAAUAUAGCUGGAAAUGGAUCUCUGGAAACAAGAAGCCUGAAAUUAGAUACGCCGUUGAGCUCGUCAGCCCCUUAGCCGGAAGCAAGCAAGAUCCAUUCAAUCAAAUUCCGACGAGGAAUCUUGUUUACAACCUCGCCAAAAUCAUUCCCGAACUCGAUCUAACGUGGUUUGAACAUUUCUGGCAUGAGCUGCUGGGUCCUGGGUCUCCCACAACGUCCACUUCUGGAGUUUUGACAAAAGGUUCAACUGUUUUUGCGGCCUUGGAAAUGCUGCAUGGUCACUUGUCUGUCAAAGUGUAUUUCAUACCAGUCGAAACACCAGAUUUCAGUGCCUGGCACCAGAUAAAACAUGCGAUUGAAGCAUCAGGAUGUCCAAAUCUCGAGGCUUUAAAUCACGUGGACGCCUAUCUCUCCAGCCACGACGACGGAAGACAACUCCGCCCGUUCAUGCUGGCCAUAGACCUUGUGGAACCUGCUGCUUCGCGGCUCAAGAUAUACGCAAGGUCCAACCAAACUUCUUUCCGCUUUGUUAGAGACGUUAUGACUAUUGGUGGACUUCGCACAGACUUGGAUAGGUCUAUAGAGAAGUUCUCGGACUUAUGGAAACGUGCACUCGGCCUCGACCCUGACACACCACCUGAAGACGAGCUACCUAAGGUGGAUCAUCUGACUUCCGGGGCGGUAUUUAACUUUGACGUCGCACCAAAAUCUCAGAUUCCCGAGGUCAAGGCAUAUAUACCAGUUCGGCACUACGCUAAUAACGACCUUCAAGCUGCACUUGGGCUUAUAGGGUACCUUGAAGACCACGGACAUGGGGGUUACUCGCAAUCUUAUCUUCGUGGAUUGGAUAUGUUGGCACCGUCAGGCCAGCUUGACCAAGCUACUGGGGUUCAGACCUACUUCGCAGUUGCGUGCCAGGGUGAGGACCUGUCUCUCACUUCAUACUUGAAUCCUCAAUUUUAUGCAGCAUUUCAGGAACCAGAACGUACAUAG